AUGAGCGACCCGGCGGUAUGCGGCUUCCUCACGAAGACCCUGUGCGCCCAGGGUGGGCGGCUGGGGCUGGCGGAGCUUCAGCAGCACAUUGGUCUCUCGGCGCAGCAGCUGGAGCAGACGUUGGCGGUGGCGGGGCCCGACCGAUUCCUGGUGCUGAGGGGGGGGGACGCCGCCGGCAUCGACGUGCUGGCCGUGUCGGCCGUGCGGCUCUGCGUCCGCAAGGAGUGCGGGGGCUGCGAGCGCCUGCACCUCUGCAAGCUCCACCUCUUUGGCAAGUGCAACCUGGGGACCAGAGCUUGUAAGUAUUGCCAUGACAUCAACACGGCUGAGAACAAAAAAGUCCUAAAGAACCAUGAGCUGUCUGGUCUCAAUGAAUACGAGCUGCGAGUACUGCUUCUCCAAAAUGACCAUUUCCUCCUCCCUGAUGUAUGCCAAUAUUACAACCAUGGGAAAGGUACCUGCGCACAGCAAAACUGCAACAGGCUUCAUAUUUGUCAGCACUUUCUCCGAGGGGAAUGUAGAUUUCUUCAGUGCAAGAGGUCCCACAACCUCCUGAAUGCCCAUGAAUUGCAUGUGUUGGAAACUGGUGGGAUCGAUUUAAAGACAGCUUCAAACUUCCAGGCUAUAUGUGAUCACAAGCAUGUGGAAUUCAACAAAGAGCUGAAGAAGGGAAAAAGUUGUAAAAAAGAUGAUUCCUCUGCUAAAGAUUCAAAGAACAACGAAGUAGACAAGUGUGAUGAGAUAUGCUUGUUCUAUGUCUGGAAGUACUGCAAACAUAAAGAUAAAUGCAGACUGAUUCAUUACCAUUUGCCGUAUCGAUGGCAGGUAUAUAACGGGAUCACCUGGAAUGACCUUACCGCGAUGGAGGAAAUUGAAAAGGCCUAUUGUGACCCCCAAAACAACAGCAUAGCAGAUAAGAACAUUAAUUUUGAGACGAUGACUUGUGGUAGUUCUUCACUUCGACGCCUUUCUACGCCAUCAUCUGUGAAAAAACCCUCAUUUGUAUUGACCACGCAGUGGAUUUGGUAUUGGAAAGAUGAUCGAGGCCGGUGGACUGAAUAUGGAGAACAAGGAGAAGGGGGUAAGACGAACUCACCAACUUCUGAUAUGCUUGAGAAUUUGUAUCUAGCAGAUCCAGAGGCCACUAUACCUUUCCAGGCUGGCUUACAGCAUUAUGAGCUCGAUUUUAAAGAAAUGACCCAGACAAAUACCCAUUUUCAAACUCGAAGAAAGGUCUGCAGACGACCAAAGUUCGUGUCUUCUGAAGAUGUGGAGAAGAUAAAGAAAGGACAAACAAAUUUUUCUAUUCCAAAUCAAACCUGUCCUGCCCACUGGGAUCAAUCUGCACUACCGGAGUUGGGAUAUAAGGCAGUGGAGAUCACUAAUACCUCCUCUGAAUAUAACAGAAUACAGAAAAUGUUUGAGAAGACUAUGAAAAACUACACUGUCCAUAGAAUAAGGAGGAUUCAGAAUCCAUCCCUCUGGAAAGUGUUUCAGUGGCAAAAGGAGCAGAUGAAGAAGGAAAAUGGAGGGAAGGAAGUAGAUGAAAGGCUCCUGUUCCAUGGCACCAAAAGCUCUUUGCUGGAAGCCAUCUGCAGUCAGAACUUUGACUGGAGAAUUUGUGGAACCAAUGGAACAGUCUAUGGAAGGGGAAGUUACUUUGCUAGAGAUGCUUCCUAUUCGCAUGAAUACUGUCAACCUACAGUGAAACCAGCCGUCAUGUUUGUGGCUCGUGUAUUGGUUGGAGAUUUUGUUGAAGGCAAUGCAAGCUAUGUUCGCCCCCCACCCAAGUCUGCCAAUAUACUUCAGUUUUAUAACAGCUGUGUGGACAAUGUGCUAAAUCCCUCCAUUUUUGUUGUCUUUGAAAAAUACCAGAUUUACCCAGAGUAUCUAAUAGAGUAUACGAAGGAAGAAAAAAAAUGUAUCAUGUCUUAGAGAAGGAUGAGAGCAGUUUGUAUCCUUCAUCUUAUUUUCCCUGUUACUCAGGGUUCUCAUACCUAAUGACUAUAUUUUUUUUAAUACACCUCUCUUGAAUGUUUAUCUGAAGAACUUCCAAACUGAAGAGGACUGAAAAACAGAUGUAUUUAAGAGACUUAUCACUCUGUCUUCUCCUCUUCCUUGCCCAAAUCUAAUAGACAUUUGGAUAACCAUAGCAGAAAAAUCAGAAUCAUGGGAUGGGAAAGUUGAAUUUUGUGACUUUUGUGGGCAAAUAAUUGUAAACAGUUUCUUGGAAAUAAGUAAUGGGGAUUUCUCUUUAGAAAUAGGUUAAGAGCAAAAUUGACACUGCGGUAGUUUUUAAGCAAACUCACAGAUUUUUAGUGGUUCUCAGGUUCCUAUAGUGUUUUGCAGUGUUGAGACUUUGUGGCGUCUUGAAGAUUCUUUUCAGUGCAGAAUAUUGCUGUUCUUGAUGCUGUCUUCUGUCACAAUUCUAAGUCAAAGUACUUAAAAAUUAUGUGACUGAGUUUUCAAAAAGCUGCUUGUUAAUGCCAGUAUUAGUUUCAAGUUUAAAACAGUAAAACAAAAAAUAAAAAGCUUCUUUUAGACUCAUAUUUUAUGUUCUCAAGUGGAGAAGUUUCAACUGUCCAGUGGCAGCUACUCUUCAGAUUAGAACACUGUCGGAUCAAAUUCUUUUCACAUAUCUGAAAUAACUUGCUCUGGACUUACAUAGUAAUAGGAGAGCCAGAAUUGAAACUAUGGAAAUUACAGUCUAGGAAUAAGCUUGUCCUAGUAUCUGGUGGUUUGGCUGCAGCUAAUGGCCUUAAACAUAUAAAAAGCUGUGUCACAAUACAGGCCAGGUUUUAAAAUGAAUGUGACCACAUAUUUUUCUCAACGUGAACAAUUUCUUAGCAAAUGCUGUAAUACAGGAGUAACAUCUUAAGAUGCAUUGAUGUUUUCUGUCCUAUGUGUAUAUAUUAAUUUUUGUUUUCCAGAAGUAUUAAAUGACUGGAAGACAUAAUGAGCUAAAAGUUAUUUUUUUCUCAAGGCUAGUGGUAGAACUGGCUGUCCUGAAGUACUUUACGUCUGUAUUUCGCGGCCCACAUCGCACUUAUGUGAGAACUCACUGACAAUGCUAAAUCAAGUAUAGUUCCUCUUGUUCUGAGCCUGUUGUGGGUCAUCCUGGAUACAGUUUGUCUGGGUCUGGUUAGAUAAACUUAUUUUGCUUGUUUGCAUUAGUGAUGUGCAAUCCUACCAAUGGUGAUUAAGCCUCUUUUUUUUUUUUUUUUUACUGUUAAAUGUUUUUUAUUUUCUCACAAAGAAAAUGUGAUAUAGAGCUUCUACUGAAUCUUAAGUUCCCUUGAACUGAAGACCUUCUGUACAAAGAUGAUAUCCCUCUGUCUUAUUGAGGCAAUCCCAUUGGUAGGAGGAAAACUGUUGCUGAGGGCAGAAGAGGAGUAGUUUUUGCUUUUGGUAAGUUUUUCAGUAAAACAAGUAGCUUCCCAGUUAUUUUCAGCACAAGUCAGUAAAACAUAUGUACUACCCAAAGUUCAUGAGUUACUAAGAGGACGAGGAAGUGUAUAAACGUAGGAAAACUUACUGCAAUAAUGGUUAUAGAACUAAAUGAAAACAUUCAUCAGUAAUAACAGAAAUAAAGGAAGAUUAUGUUUAAAAUCUCUCACUUUCACUUUGCCUGUAGAGUUCCUGAAUCAACAUGAGCUUUGCCAUAUUUGCAAAUAAAAUAUA